AUGUCGAAGGAAGGAGCACGCAGUUAUCCGAGCAAGAAUUCGGCAGAAGGAAGGUAUCCCUAUCCAAUAAAGAGUUCUGCCGAAGGGCCAUACCCAUUGAGAAGGGGCGAAGAUGGCGCUGCCAAAUCCUAUCCAGGAAAACGAGUUUAUCCGACCUCUCGCUCGUCAGAAGGAGUACGCUAUGCCUCAAUCAGAAGAAAAAGUUUGGCAGUAGUAGAUGAAAGGCAAUGGAAGCUCAAAACAAAACUCCGACCGUUUCUAAGAGCUGCACUAUUUAUCAAUAUCAUGGUACUUCUUAGCCUUGUGUUUUUCUGGAUCUUCUACGCAGUGGGAAAGAAAAGCGAACAUCUGGAUUUCGAAAUUCGUAGAACGCCACACACCAUCGCUUUCGAUAACGUUGCUGUAGUGACAAAUUCCGACAAUUGUAAUGAAGUUGCAAGGGUUUUCCUAUCCCAAGGCUUAUCGAUGUUCGCUAUGGCAUUUUCCAUGCAACUCUGCUUGAUGGCAUACGAAUUGCACCGAAGCGGCUUGGGCGGCUCCUCAGCCUAUGUGCACUUGGAUGCGAAUAAUGGGGAGUGUACGACACUGAACACAUUCGGUGCCCCUGAUAGGCUACAGAUGAACAAUAUCGGAGAAGCAUUCGAGACAUUGAAGGAAAUUUAUAAAAAAGAGAAGAUCCCGAAAAGAGUCAAGAGGGAUCAGCCGCACAGCAGCAAUCAUACAGGCAAUCAUACAGGAUGGGGAGCAGGAGAUUGUUUCGAAUUCAGAUUCGGUGAGACCCUUUUAUUAUAG